GCUUAGAGCGAUACCCCACAAGGAGCAGGCGUGAGGGGACAUCUGACAUCUAACACUACUAACAAACUCUUUGAAAACACUUUUUCCAGCUUUUUCAUUUGGUUUUAGUGGAUUUUUGGGGAUCAUUUGAAGGAAAAUAUUUUCCUGGAACAAUUUUUUUGGUGUUUAAAAAAAAAAAGAUUGUGAUUUUUUUUUCCUAUUUAAUUUCAACAUGGCACUUCGACAAAACUCAGAAAAGGAGCCUAACAUCGAGCUGUUCAUUAAGGCUGGGCACGAUGGUGAAAACAUUGGGAACUGCCCUUUCUGCCAGAGGCUUUUCAUGGUGCUGUGGCUGAAAGGAGUCAAGUUUACAGUGACCACUGUUGAUAUGAGGAAGAAGCCAGCAGAGCUCAAAGAUCUGGCCCCAGGGACAAACCCUCCUUUUCUUCUCUAUAACGGCAUCCUUAAAACAGACUUCAUUAAAAUUGAGGAAUUCCUCGAACAAACACUGGCACCUCCCAGGUAUCCCCAUCUCAGCCCACUGAACAAAGAGUCUUUUGACGUGGGUUCUGACAUUUUUGCAAAGUUUUCCGCUUUCAUCAAGAACAGCCCAAACAAUGCUGCCCAAGAAAAAAAUCUCCUGAGAGAGUUUCAGCGUUUGGACAAGUACUUGAACAGCCCACUCCCAGAAGAAAUCGAUCACAACUCGGCAGAGGACAUCACUGUCUCCAAGAGGACGUUUCUGGAUGGCGACCGGCUCACCUUAGCCGAUUGCAACCUGUUGCCCAAGCUGCACGUCAUCAGGGUCGCUGCCAAGAAGUACUGCGAUUUUGAAAUUCCAGCCGAGUUCUCUGGUGUCUGGAGGUACCUUGAAAACGCCUACAAACGGGAGGAGUUCAAACAAACGUGUCCGGCUGACAUUGAAAUUGAGAAGGCUUACCUGGGCGUUGCCAAGAGGAAAUAAAAAAAUCCACAUCCCAUAAAGUUAUUGUCCUGUUCUCACCUAAUAUACCCAAGAUAGUGAUCUGUGGAAGGAGCUGUUGUCAUAAGAAUAAGCUCUCCUGAUGAAGCGGACACACUCAGAACCCAGAACUGAUGGCAUGCUUUCACAUGUUUAUCUAUAGUUACUCACAGAUGAAAAAGGCCCAGAGUGCAAUUUACUAUUGGUGGAUAUUUAGGAGAAUUAUUGUUUAUAAUGUAAAUAUUAAUAUUUGAAUGCUUUUGACAUAUUAAGCAAUUGAUUUAAAAUACCUGCGUAAGAAUAAACAUGUAAAUGACAGUUAAUUUUAGUGCAACGUUUGUAACAGUCAUCUGAUUUAAUGAACUCUAACAAACACACUAUGAAAUAAAUGCUUUUCUUUAUCACCUCUAUAUUUCUUUGUUGCUCUGGAAGAAAGCAAAAACCAAUCACACGCCGUAGAGGCCGUUUAAGAUAUCCUAGUUUAUUUCAGUCAAAAACAUAAACAGAACAAAAAAAUUACAGGUUUAAAAAAUAUAUAAUCUUCUUUUUUGUAUCUGUUACAGACAGUACAUGUGUGUUUUUAUAUGGGAAAGAAAAGAAUAAGAUGGAAGGUGGAUUUUCCUCUGACGAGUCCCAAACAUCUGUCUGCUGGGCUCUAGUUGGUCACACAGUAUUUCCAGAAACACGCUGCAAACAGAAACACCAAUUGGGUUAAACUGAGGAAGCAGAGACGUAUUUAAGAUAUAUAUAAGAGUACAAAGAAAAUCUUUUCCAGUGCUUCAGCAAUAGCCUCCUCGGUUAUAGAAAAUUUCAUAUGAUAAUGAUGCCAUUUAAGAAAAACAAAACCUUUCUAAGGUUUAACUACUCUACGCAUUUUCAGGUAGUUUGGCUAUAUUUUGGUUGAAAUAAUUCUGAGCACUUUCAUUAUCAUUUCCGCAUGUGUUGAAGAAAUGUUGUUUACUGUAGCUGCAAGAGGAAGAAAAGAAAUGUGUUAUUAAACUUGAUGAACUGUCAUGUGGUCUAAUUAAAACAUUACUUUUUUUAUUAAAACAGAAAUGUAAUCUGCAAUUACAUUUACAAUUGUAACCUGAAUUAAAGUAGAGAUUUGAAUGCCUUUGUAUCAAUACACACAGCAUCUUUAAAUAGACAUGUAAUGUCUUGUAUUAGGUUAUUAGCAAAUGUGUUUAGGUUGAAUCGGAAAGAAAUUGUGCUAAAAGGCUUAAAAGGUUUUACAAAUAAA